AUGACAAAGGGCGAAGUGAAGUAUCUUCUAAAGUGGAAGGAGUUCUCAGAUAACAUGUGGGAGCCAGAAGAGAGCCUGGAUUGCCCUGAUCUCAUUGGCAAGUUUCUACAGUCACAGAAAACAGCACUUGAGACGGAUAAACCAGAGGGAGGCAAGCUCAAAGCUGACUCUGAUUCUGAAGAUAAGGGAGAGGAGAGCAAACCAAAGAAAAAGAAGAGUCAGAAAAGCCACAGAUUAUUAGAUCUACAGACUCGUGGAGAACUCAUGUUCCUGAUGAAAUGGAAAAAUGCUGCUGAGGCUGACCUAGUCCCUGCCAAGGAAGCCAAUAUCAAGUGCCCACCAGGUGCUCAUAUCCUUCAAUGA